GAAGAUGGCGUCACCUUCAGCAAAUGCGGUCUCCCUGUCAGAGGAUGAGGAGCUACAUCCCUCGGGAGGCCCUGGAUGCUCUGGGAAGCACCCAGGAAGACUGGGGUCAAUAGAGUGUGCCCAGCCCGGGGUUGUGGAGAAAGCGCGGCCUCAGUGGGGCAACCCCCUGCAGUUCUUACUCGCCUGCGUCUCCUACGCCGUGGGCCUGGGCAAUGUGUGGCGCUUCCCCUACCUGUGCCAGAUGUACGGCGGAGGGAGUUUCCUGGUGCCCUACAUCAUCAUGCUCAUCGUGGAGGGGAUGCCACUCUUGUACCUGGAGCUGGCCGUGGGGCAGCGCAUGCGGCAGGGCAGUAUCGGGGCCUGGAGGACCAUCAGCCCCUACCUCAGUGGUGUCGGCAUUGCUAGCUUGGUGGUCUCCUUCUUUGUCUCUGUGUACUACAAUGUCAUCAACUCCUGGGCCAUCUGGUACCUCUUCCACUCCUUCCAGGAUCCCCUGCCAUGGUCUGUCUGUCCACUGAAUGGUAACCGCACAGGCUAUGAGGAGGAGUGUGAGAAGGCCUCAUCGACACAGUACUUCUGGUACAGGAAAACACUCAACAUCUCACCGUCCAUCCAGGAGAAUGGAGGGCUGCAGUGGGAGCCAGCGCUGUGCCUUAUCCUGGCCUGGCUGAUGGUGUAUCUGUGCAUCCUGAGAGGCACCGAGUCAACUGGCAAGGUGGUCUAUUUCACUGCAUCAAUGCCCUACUUUGUACUCAUCAUUUACCUGGUUCGAGGCCUCACACUCCAUGGAGCCACCAAUGGCCUGGCAUAUAUGUUUACACCCAAGAUGGAGCAUCUAGCUAACCCCAAGGCCUGGAUCAAUGCAGCCACACAGAUCUUCUUCUCACUGGGCUUAGGGUGUGGUGGUCUGAUUGCUUUUGCCAGCUACAAUGAACCCUCCAACAACUGCCAGAAGCAUGCCAUCAUUGUAUCCAUCAUCAAUAGUACUACUGCCAUAUUUUCCAGUAUUGUCACUUUCUCCAUCUAUGGCUUCAAGGCUACCUUCAACUAUGAAAACUGCUUAAACAAGGUGAUCCUGCUGCUGACCAAUUCUUUCGACCUUGAAGAUGGCUUUCUGACAGCCAGCAACCUAGAGGAGGUGAAGGACUACCUGGCCUCUACCUACCCAAACAAGUACAGUGAAGUGUUCCCGAACAUUAGAAACUGCAGCCUGGAAUCAGAGCUAAACACGGCCGUCCAGGGCACAGGCCUGGCCUUCAUCGUCUACACUGAGGCCAUCAAAAACAUGGAGGUGUCACAGCUGUGGUCAGUGCUCUACUUCUUCAUGCUGCUCAUGCUGGGGAUGGGAAGCAUGGUAGGGACAGGAACAGCGAUCCUCACCCCUCUGACUGACAGCAAGCUCAUCUCCAGCUACCUGCCCAAGGAGGCCAUUUCAGGUCUGGUGUGCCUCGUCAACUGUGCCAUCGGCAUGCUGUUCACCAUGGAGGCUGGGAACUACUGGUUUGACAUAUUCAAUGACUAUGCAGCCACGCUGUCCCUGCUGCUCAUUGUGCUGGUGGAGACCAUAGCUGUGUGCUAUGUGUAUGGGCUCAAGAGGUAAGGAGACCCCAGACCUUGCCUUCUAUAUGGGGCAGAUAAGCUGCAGGGCCACACUCAUGGGAGAGUCAUCUUUCCUCAGUGGGCAUACCAUUUUAGAUACCAGAACUGCCAGGCUGUUCUUUGUCCUCAGAUCUCAGCUAUCUCUUGCUUCCCCAGUUUGCCUGCAAUUAACAGCUGCUUUCG